AUGUUAUGUUGUAGUACGUCUUUUUUAGCCGCAGCACAGCAGUCGCUUUUAGGCUACGCCAUUCGUCGUACCGCUGCCGACGAGAUGCUCUACGGUGGGGUUCGCGUCAGCUGCCUAUCCCCCAAACCCUUUCCGUUGCAAUACAUCAAAAGCGAGGAACUUCCAUCGCCGUCUUUACGGCGUGAACGGCAUGAUCUUGGCCUGGAAAUGCAGCUCCCGAGGGAUCUUGAAGGGUACAAUCAGCUCGAUAUGAGCAUCCAACGCCAGGUGGGUUCAAACGAAGAUGAUAGCGACGAUGCCGUCAGCCGUGGUGGUGAGGAAGGGUUUGACAUGGGGGAGUACUUUUCCACUGUUUUCCACCCCGAACGCCAUCAUAAUUCCUCUCUUCCCUAUAGUGCUCACGAUACGAACAACGUCUUGGGGUUGCGGAUGUUUCCUUUAAAUAUGGGUAUUCGACUUCGCGUGGAAGGGGUGCGGAUUCGAACCGCCGAUUGCUUGGAGCGCCUCCGGGAUGCCAAGCGGUGUGCGCAGCAAGGGAGGGCGCUCCAGUACCCUCUUCCGUAUUACAAACGAGCGGAAAUGGCGGAAAGAAGGGGAGAAGGUCCCUCUUCGACCCUUUCCACCUCGGCAGGCCCGUCAGACGUGAAGGACGAGGCGGCGAUGGAUAGUUCGGAGGCGAAAAGAAGCUUCCAAGUGAGGGCACACCUCCGUGGCGGCCCCAGCCACCCUCCGCCCGCGGAGCUUUCCAUUUUCACCCGCCCUCAGGAUCAUCCACACGGCGAUGGCGGAGGAGGCUCGACCUCAAUUCGAGAGGAGGCCCUCGCAUACUUCCGGGAACGCCGUCAGGGCGGGCGUCUAAUCUCGCCCGACGGGGUGCGUUCUACUACGCCGGAUCGCCGAUGGACCCCUCUCCAGAUGCUCAAACCGAUUCCCCACACGUGGUCGCCCGCGAUCCGGAGUAGCGGAACCCGAGGCCCUUCCAUGCAGCUUAUGCAGGAGCGCCUGGAUCGGAAAGGUUUUGGUUGGAAGCGCAAAUCACGUUCCCUUUGGCAGCAAGACCCCGAUACAGCGGGGUUUCGUCCGCAUCGCUAUUUCUAA